CUCUCUCUCUGCAUCAUCGUCGUCUUCAACAAACAAAAGCCUCUUCCCUUUUUCUCUGCAUAUUCCUUUCCCACUUUUCUCCACCCUCGUGUGUAUGUGUGUAUAUUCCGCUUCCAAAUACACACAUACACACACGUAUAUAUAAACACACUCACAUCUUCCACGUUUCCAUUCCAAGCGCUCUCAUUCUUCUUCGUAACUCGCUCAAUCCCUAGCUUCCCGAUUCGCUCUCAUUCCACCGCCGAUCAUGGCUGCUCCAGUCAACAACUCUCACGGUGGCGUCAACGGUGUCAUUGCAGAAGCUCACAAGCUCAUUAUCGAUACCGACCCUGGGAUCGAUGAUAGUAUGGCAAUUAUGAUGGCAUUUCAAACUCCAGAGGUGGAUGUCCUGGGUUUGACUUCCGUUUUUGGUAAUGCUGCUACGGAAGAUGCCACGCGCAAUGCUUUGCUUUUGUGUGAGAUCGCAGGCCGUGAAGAUGUUCCAGUUGCAGAGGGAAGCCAUGAGCCGUUAAAGGGUGGAAGGCCACGUGUUGCUGAUUUCGUUCAUGGUAAAGAUGGAUUGGGGAACUUAUUCCUACCUGAUCCGAAAACUAAGAAAAUUGAAAAAAGUGCAAGUGAGUUUUUAGUAGACAAGGUCUCUGAAUUUCCUGGUGAAGUGACUGUACUAGCACUUGGACCCCUUACAAACGUAGCUUUAGCAGUCAAAAGAGAUUCUUCUUUUGCAAGCAAGGUAAAGAGAAUAGUUGUACUCGGCGGAUCAUUCUUUGCCCUGGGGAAUGUCAAUCCAGCUGCAGAAGCAAAUAUCUAUGGAGACCCAGAAGCAGCAGAUGUUGUAUUUACGUCUGGAGCAAAUAUUGUUGUUGUAGGAAUAAACAUUACAACCCAAGUCACAUUAACAGACGCUGAUCUCCUUAAACUGAAGGAAUCCAAAGGAAAGCAUGCUUCUCUCUUGAGUGACAUGUGCAAGUUCUAUAGGGAUUGGCAUGUAAAAUCUGACGGACUACAUGGAAUUUUCCUUCACGACCCUGUUAGUUUUGUGGCAGUUGUGCGUCCAGAACUUUUCACAUACAAAAAGGGGGUUGUGCGAGUAGAGACACAGGGCAUCUGUGUCGGGCAUACACUUAUGGACCAAGGAUUAAAAAAAUGGAAUACAAGCAAUCCAUGGACAGAUUAUUCUCCUGUUUCAGUUGCUUGGACGGUGGAUAUUGAGGGAGUUCUUAAUUAUGUUAGGGAAGUAUUGAUGAAACCCUGAAGUCUAGGCAUUUGUACUACUACCCUUCCAACCAAUGUCAAAAUUGGUAAGGCCAUUCUCUUUAGUUACACAUUGUCAACCAGAAAACUCUGGGUGUCAAGGUUCUCAAUGGCUCCCAAAGAAGUUCUCUUUACACGAAAUAACUUGUCUUUGGAUGUCACUAAGACACUAUCUUCUUUGACAAUCACGCAAUCAUUCUCUAUUUUCCUUCUUUGGAACAUGUAUAUGGGGCUUCUUGCUCUGGUUUUUAUACAACAAUUUCGGUUUCAACAUUCAAGUAAAUGACUUCUUUGCACUUA